AUGGCAAAAAUUACAGAUAUUUUAAACAGAAGCAGGAUAUUUUCAUAUUCAUUCGAAGUUACUCCUGAUAUUCCUGAAGAGGAGAUAAAUAAUUUAAAUGUUGAGCCUUCUUUCUUCUCUGUCACGUGGCAUGCAAAAAUUCAUCAAAACGAACAUUUGGAUAUAGGUCCCUUAAGGAUCGCGAAAUUUUUGCGAAGCAAAGAGAAGGAUGUUUUGUUACAUUUGUCGUGUGAUUUGUUGAAAAAGGAGUUUUUACUUCGGGUACUCUUACUACUCCAAAAGAUAAAUGUUAGGAAUUUGUUAAUUAUUUUGGGAGAAUAUUACAAUCCGGAGACGUCGGAUUUUAAAGACAGCUCAGAAUUGAUAAAAUGUGUAAGAGAACACACGGGAUCAUACUUCUGUAUAGGUAUUGCCGGACUACCUAAUUGUAAUGACGACAAACUAAUGACUCUGAAAGAGAAAGUAAGAGUCGGCGCAGAUUUCAUUUUGACUCAAGCAUUUUUUGAAGCAAAUAUUUACAAUACUUUUGUGCACAGAUGUGCAAAAAUAGGUAUUAAGGUACCAAUUAUACCCGGUAUAUUUUAUUUUGAGACUUACACAGCUUUUUCCGGGUUUAUAAAUAAGUGUGAUAUUAAGGUUUCCGAAAAUAUAUUAGGAUAUAUUAAAAAUAAUCCGUCACAAGAAAUAAUCGGUCGAGAUAUUGUAAAACAGUUAAUACUCGAUAUAAAAGGCGAGAAAUUUUAUCACUUUCAUUUUUUCACUAUGAACAAGUUAGGUGUUAUUUGUGAUUUUUUAUAU